AUGGCCCCUAACAACUAUGCCCGAACCUCAGUCGGCAACAAGGAAUAUACCAAGGCUGCUGUUGUUAUCAUUGGUGCUGGAAUUUCAGGACUUUGUACCGCCAUCAAUCUGAUCAAAAAUAAUAUCCACAAUUUCGUCAUUCUCGAAAAGAGUGCCGGUCUCGGGGGAACCUGGCGAGAUAACAAAUAUCCGGGGUGCUGCUGUGAUGUUUAUUCCCACUUAUACAGCUUCUCUUUCGAACAGAAUCCAGAUUGGACGAGACUGUAUUCCGACCAACAGGAAAUUUUGAACUACCUUCGAAAGGUCGCAGCGAAAUAUAACCUAUACCCAUAUAUUCGGUUUAGCUCCGAGGUGGAAGAGUCACGAUGGGAUGAGGUCGAAAAGAAAUGGUGCACAAAAGUCAAAGUGAUUGGCAGCAAAGAUGUUGAAUUCGGAGAGGAAUACUCCAUCACCUCGGACUUCCUGGUGUCGGGAAUUGGUCAACUCAACUAUCCCCAGUAUCCAUCGAUUCCCGGCAUUGAGACUUUCAAGGGGAAGAUGAUGCAUUCUGCCAGGUGGGAUUGGAGCUAUGAGCUCAAGGAUAAGAAGAUUGGCAUUAUCGGAAAUGGUGCCACCGCUGCCCAAAUCGCCCCCGAAGUUGCCAAAGAGGCUUCUCAUCUUACCAUCUUCCAGCGAACACCAAACUGGGUUGUACCUCGGCUGGACAUGAACGUCUGGAAACCAUUUCGGGCUAUAUUCAGAUACUGCCCUCCGGCGCUGUGGAGAUUACGCGCAUCGAUAAUGGAUUUCCGCGAAGCUGUCCAUGUUGUGAUGCGAGAUCCCAACUCAAAUACUGCAGAGCUGAUACGAAAAGCCAGUUUGCAUAUUAUGCACAAAGCUCUUCCCAAUCAACCCGAUCUAUGGGAAAAGUUGACCCCGGACUAUCCUCCAGGAUGCAAACGCAUGAUCCUGAGUGACGAUUACUUCCCAACCCUCGCUCGUGAUAAUGUAUCCCUCGAGACUGGGCAUAUCGAUUGUAUCACUGAGAAGGGAAUCGUCAUCGACGGCGUCGAGCAAGACCUAGACCUCAUAGUCCUUGCCACAGGCUUUCGCACCGUCGAAUUCAUGCACCCGAUCAAAAUAUACGGUAGGGACGGAAGACCAUUGAGUGAAAUCUGGGAAGGUGGUGCUCGUGCUCUCUAUGGUGUGGCAGUCGAAGAUCUUCCCAACUUUGCCAUGCUGUAUGGCCCCAACACAAAUCUCGGCCAUAACUCCAUCAUCCUCAUGAUCGAGGCCCAAUCUCGGUACAUCCUUGCACUGAUCAAAGCCGUCCUGCGCGCAAGGGAGUAUAACCAAGGCCUCGCCAUAACUCCGAAACCGGGCAAAGUCGAAGAGUUCAAUUCGAAUCUCCAAAAGGCACUAUCCAGUACCGCAUUUGCGUCGCCAGGCUGCCAAAGCUGGUAUAAAACAGCUGAAGGUUUGAUCACAAACAAUUGGUCUGGCACGGUGGUGGAUUAUCAGAAACUUUUGUCAAAACUAAACUGGGAUGAUUUUGAUUUGGAGGGUAAUGGGGCGGAAGCGAUGCGUAAGAAGCACGUUGCGAAUCUCGGUCGUGUUCGGGAAGAAUCUCUGCUGGGAUUUAAAAGUUUGGGUGUCACCGCUGCCCUUGCGAUUGUGGGCACGCUGGCAUAUAAAGCACCUCACUUGCUCCCAAGAUGGCGAUGA